GUCUACAGGAAAGGGUUUUUGCAUGAUGGCAGAAAUAUAUAUAUUAAGCUAUAACUCAAAGGUUUUAAAUGGAUAUAAAGUUAAAGUCAGAUUGGAAUUUGAAUGUGUUCUGUCUACAAGCUUCACUUUGAGCAACAGGUUUCACUCUGGAUUAGGUUGGAUGUUGUACAGAUGUUGUAAACUACACUGCAGGGUUACAGACAGACAGACCGCCGCUCGUGCGUAAAAGUGUGCCAGUCUCCCCCCCCCCCUUCCCCCUCCCCUGGUGCUGCGGUGCGCCGGGGGCCUGGUCUGGUGCUCAGCCUCCUCGCAGCGGGUAGGUACCACCCAGAGAGACGGAGCUGUUGCCAAAGAGUGGAGCUGCACAACAUACAGGAACUGCAACGUCACAGUGAGAGAGAGGGAGAGAGAGAGGGAGGGAGAGAGAGAGAGAGAGAGAGAGGGGAGAGGAGAGGAGAGGGAGAGAGAGAGUCAGAGCAAAGUGCGCUAUCAGCUGCUGAAGGCUGGACACACGAGAGGCGUGGGGGAUACUGAUAGGGGGUGGGGGGGACACAGAGAGGUAGAGGGUGGGGGAGAGGAGACUCCCUCGUCGUCGUUGGGUGACGGUGGCACAGAUGGGUGCGACUCUCCACAGCUGAGCCACGGAUCCAGCCUGUGCGCCCGGCGGCGCUGCACGAUCCGCGCUCUCCUCAGCUGGAAACGACACAAUCCUGCGAAUGACACUUCACCACCACCGGCACCAUGCUCCCUCGUAACCUGCGAACAGGUGGUUAUGACCUGCCGGGCGUGGAUUCGAGCGAAGUGCCUCUCAUUGGCUACCGGCCCUUACCGCCUGACCGUGGCACCCCGAGCCACCAAUCAGGGAGAGGAGGAGGAGGAGGAGGAGGCAGCGAUGAACUGGAAACUUCACAAGCAGAGCCCUCACCGAUGAAGACGACCUGGUACUGUCCUCUCGAUCUGUCCACUGUGAUAGAGGAAGAGGAGGAUGGAGUGAUCUACACCGUGGUGGUCAAACAGCAGCACGGAGGCCCCACCGGUCCGAUGUCACCGGUGUCUCGCUCCCAGUGUGUGAAAGCAGGAACAGAGGAGAAGCUGGUGCUCCACCUCCUCCGCUCCUUCUCCAUGGGAGACUCGUCCUUCAUCACCAUCUUCCUCUCCACCUAUCGCUCCUUCACCUCCACGGAGAGAGUGCUGGACGUCCUCACUGACAGAUUGGAGAAUCCACCAGGGGACGGCGAGAGGAGCCACAUGAGACAGUCUUUCAACAAAGCGGUGUGCACUGUGUUCAGAACAUGGCUGACCGAGUUUCCUGAAGACUUUAAGAGUUUGAAGGAGCCCUCUCGUCUGCUGCGUCUGGCUCCCCUGCUCCCUCAGGACUCCUCCUCUGCGGCCGACCUCCGCGCUCGCCUCCUCAGGAUCGCAGAGGAGCUCAGCGAGAAAGCCCUGCUCCCCGACACCCACAGAGAUCAGAGAGGUGUCACCGGCCCUCCUCCUGACGCCUCCAAGUUUGAACCCACCAGCAUCCUGGGAUUUCCUGCACCGCUCAUCGCCGAGCAGCUCACCAAGACGGAGACGGAGCUGUUUGUCCGUCUGGUGCCGUACCACUGCCUCGGCUCACUGUGGUCGCAGAGGGAUAAGAAGGGGAGGGAAGGCGUCUGUUGGUCCGUCCGGGCCACGGUGCGUCAGUUCAACAAGUUGGCCAAUGCGGUUUUAGCAUCCUGCCUUUGUCCGACGAUGCUGCGCAGCCAGCAGAGAGCGCGGCUGCUGGAGAAAUGGAUCAGCGUGGCAGAGGAGUGCCGAGCCAGAAAGAACUUCUCCUCGCUGUACGCCAUCGUGUCCGCUCUGCAGAGUAACCCCAUCCACCGGCUGAGGAAGACGUGGCAGGACACCGACAGGGAGGCGGUGAGGAGAUACGAGGAACUGUCAGAAAUAUUCUCAGAGAAGGACAACUACUCCCAGAGUCGAGAGCUCCUGAAGGAGGUGGGUUGUCGGAAAUAUAGUCUGUCCACUUUUAGGUACAGAGGUAAAAAGGACAUCGGGGUUCUGACCG